AUGACUGCCGGACACAUGCCUAUCCGUCUGUCUGUCCGCACCCAGCCCGACAGCAAUGCUCAGACGCUGCAUCCUACAGUGUUACCCGGCCUCACCCCUCCGGUGACCCCCACUGUGGACGAUGAUAGCCUCUCAGGCAGCGUGGCCACCCUUGACUCCAGCGCCUCGAGUCCAUUUCUCUCUCCCGUCGAGGCCCAGUCCAAAGACGUGGACGGGGAUAGUCGCACCUCGCGCUCCUUUACAGACGAACUCGAGUAUCACUGUGACCUGAAAGGCCGUCCCGUGGAAUUCGGUCGCGGCGUCUGGAGCGUCGUCUACAAGGCCUCAUCGUGCGAGCCCUCCAAGCCUUAUCUGCUCACGCCCCCCAGCUCGCCUGCCAUCAAAGGCCCGACAGUGGCCGUCAAAUCACCUUCAAGACGGGAUGCGCACCGUGUCCUCGACGCCGAGGCCCUCACUCUGACCCGGGUCAGUCGCGUCCCCGGCUCUGAGAACCAUGUCGUUCCCUUCCAGGGCUAUAUCGCCGACUCGCACUCAAUCGUCAUGUCCGCCGUCCCACUCUCCCUGUCCACCUACAUCGAAGAAAAGGCCGUCCUAGCCCGAAAAAACAUGUCUACCAAGACGAUGUUUGACCCCGUGCAGGGCCUAUCCCAAUGGCACGACCUUGCCAAGAAGCUCAUCACCGGUCUCUACUGGCUCCAUAGCGGGCCUCAAACGGUGCACGGCGACAUCAAACCUCACAACAUUCUCCUCCGAUCACGCCCAACCACCACCACCACCGACAACAACGACAGCAACUUCCCCUACGAGCCCCUCUUCGCCGACUUCUCCUCCGCCCACCCUAUCGCCAGCCCUUCAUCACCCGAGAAGAACCUAGGCACGGCCCUCACAGCCCUAACGCCGCCGUUUGCCGCCCCCGAGCUCCUGUGCGUCUCGUCGCUCACCUCCCCCGACGCGGCCCCAACCCCGGAAUCCGACGUCUUCUCGCUGGCCGUCACCCUUUUGGCUGCUGCAACCGGCGACCUCCUCCUCUACCCCGGCGCCAGCAACCUCCAACGGCUCGCCAUGGCGAGGGAAGGCCACCGCGUCAUCGAUUUCGUGCGCGCCGGGCCCAACGGCUCGCGCGUCCCGCGCAACGGCAUUGUCGAGCAGAUCCUCAAGCCGGCUAUCGUCAAGGACCCGAGUCAGCGCAUCACGCCGCUUGAGUGGGUUAAGCUUGUUGAGGCUGUUCAGAUCUAG